GUCACCAUGGUGACGGGGCUGUGCCCAGGGAGGUUGUGAUGGGUUGACAGGUGCGUGACAGUCGGAGUUGUCUGCAAGCAUGUACGCCAAAGGCAAGAGUAGCAACGUGCCAUCCGACAGUCAAGCCAGAGAAAAAUUGGCUCUUUACGUGUACGAGUACCUGCUGCAUGUAGGAGCACAGAAAUCAGCACAGACCUUCUUGUCAGAGAUCCGAUGGGAGAAGAACAUUACGUUGGGAGAACCUCCAGGGUUCCUUCAUUCCUGGUGGUGUGUUUUCUGGGACCUGUACUGUGCUGCUCCAGAGAGAAGAGACACAUGUGAACACUCCAGUGAAGCCAAGGCCUUCCAUGACUAUAGUGCAGCAGCAGCUCCCAGCCCCAUCCUCGGGAACCUCCCCCCCGGAGAGGGCAUGCCGGUGGGCCCUGUUCCUCCCGGGUUCUUUCAGCCCUUUAUGUCCCCUCGAUACCCCGGAGGACCAAGACCACCCCUGAGAUUACCAAACCAGGGACUUGGAGUUCCUGGUAGCCAGCCAAUGUUACCCAGUGGAAUGGAUCCCACAAGACAGCAAGGGCAUCCCAGUAUGGGAGGACCGAUGCAGAGAAUGACCCCCCCCAGAGGCAUGGUACCAUUAGGGCCUCAGAAUUAUGGAGGAGGAAUGAGACCCCCACUAAAUGCCCUGGUGGGUCCUGGGAUGCCUGGAAUGAGCAUGGGACCUGGAGGAGGAAGACCCUGGCCAAAUCCCCCCAACUCCAACUCUACCCCGUACUCCUCUACAUCUCCUGGGAGCUAUGUGGGACCUCCAGGAGGAGGAGGACCACCUGGAACCCCCAUAAUGCCAAGUCCAGCAGAUUCAACCAACUCUGGAGACAACAUGUACACCAUGAUAAACACAGUCCCUGCGGGUGGAAGUCGACCAAGUUUUCCCAUGGGAGCAGGGAGUGACGGUCCAUUAGGGGGAAUGGCUGGAAUGGAGCCCCACCAUAUGAAUGGAUCCUUAGGGUCAGGUGACAUGGACACUCUGCCGAAGAACUCUCCUGGCAACUUGAGUAUGAGUAACCAGCCCGGGACGCCCAGGGAAGACGGAGAGAUGGGAGGAAACUUCCUCAACCCUUUUCAGAACGAAAGUUAUUCUCCAAACAUGACGAUGAGCGUUUAAAGACUCUGGAGACUUGUGCGAGAGCAGAGAGAGAACGACGCCACGUGAUGUCACCCAGGCCAGUGACUCCUCCCACUGAGAAGGGAGGGGGGGGCGGUCCCACAGGCACAAACUUUCCACAGCUCAUCUGCACCCCACGGCUCUCCAUGUUCCCCCUCUCCUGACCGCUCUGCUCCCUUCUCCUCGGCCAUCACCAAACUGUACAAAGGAAUCGAUUCAAUCGCGCCGGAGGACAACCUUUCGUGUAUGAAACGUGCACACACCUGAAUAAUUCUGACCUGUCUAUCAAGUCACGGAAAACGGCUGAUCCCAGAGGAUCCUAAACAAAUCCAACCUGCGUAGACAAUUUCCAAACCAAUUUAUGAAAAUGUAAAUCUGUCUGUUUUUGGAGAAGCUGGGGAAAAAGGUAUUUGCCAUAAAGAUUUAUUUGAGGCUCGUGCAAAUAUUUAAGAUGUCUUUCUAUUUGUGGUUGUCUAGAUCUGGUAGACCUCCAACAUUGUGUUUGUCUGAUUUCUACUAUGAAUAAACUUUUUGUAGCCUUUUCUAAAACUUUUCCCCAAAUGUGGCAAACUCUGCAUUUAUCUUCAUUUCCAAAAAAAUACUUUAGAGCCAAAAAGUUUCUGAACAUCUUCGACAUCUAUUGAUCUUUACCCGAGCAGCUGCCAGUGUGUCACACAUAAACUACAGUUUUGCUUCAUGAUAAUAAAGUGCUUUCGUAAUAUCUUAUGAAGCAAUAUAGGAACAUGCAGAUUGUUACCUAAAGCUGAAGUCAAGCUUUCAAAGCUAAACUUUUAUCCCUUUUAGUCAAACUUUUUUCUUUCUUCUGCCAUUUUUCCUGAGAACAGUCAAUAAAAAGUUCACUAGGCUUUUAUUUUGAAAUUGUUUUGAACAUGCCGUUUUUUUGGGCCAAACACGACUGAUGUGAAGCUGCUUGCAACAAUGUGUUUUGGGUUGAUUUGUCCAGUUUAACAUUUUUAAAAGGACUUUUAGAUUUAACAUUUAAACAGAACAUUUAAAAAAAAACAAUGAGGUCAGUAGUCUGGGAUUGUUUCAGUUUGCCAACUUUGCACUUGAACCGAAAUCCUGAAACGACCUAAAAAACAGACGUUUAUUUAAUGAAAUAUUUACUUUUGAGAGAAACAAGAAGGGAAAAGCCACUUCAGUCACUUGUACUUUAUCGACAUCCGGCAAAACUGUGAUCUUAAUAUGAUUUGAAGAGUUGAUUUUGUUGUUUUUUUCAUUGUUUUGACUCUUUUCUCAGCCUACAUUCCAUCAUCAUCAUCAUGUACAAACGUUUGAUAAUCCAGUGGACUUUCUUCUCUCCUUUUCCCAAAGUGUACAGCUCAGAAAUGUAGCUUUUAUCUCAUACGUGUAUUUGAUAUUAUUACUUGAACAUCAAUCUGGUGAAAGUGACUCCGGAUGGGAGCUGUGGACCCGUGAAGCGCCCUCACGGCGGAGCAAAGACAUUUGGUUUCUAUCAUGGCGGUGGGGGUCACUCCAAAAAAAUCCCUGCUGGGGCCCGUUCUAGAGUUUGCAUGGUCUUCCUGUGUUUAAUCUGGGCACUCCGGCUUCCCCUCACACUCCAAAAUGUUUGGGAAUUCUCUGACAGCCUGUCCACCUGCCCAGGUGAGGGCCUUCCAGACGACGGCGGAGGUCCACUCCACAUCAACACAGUGACAGCUUGAUAGACGAAGCCAUAAUCGGGAGCAAGAAUAUGUAUUUGUAAAGUAGACCAUGUUUCUGUUUCGUGACAGUACCUGGAACUCUAUUUGUGAUGUGUUCAUUUUCUCUUUUUAUUCUUGUUUUAUGAUUUGUAAAUAUUUAGAGAAGUUUCAUGGAUUUUGAAAAUGCUGGUAUAAAGCUUCUCUUCCCUGGAA